AUGAAACCACUUUCCACGGAACUGGUUGAAUACAAGUCUGUUCACUACAUGCUCCAAAGUGAUUUCAUGAUUGCCGAACUGAAUGUUUUUUUUAAAAAAAUGCUGGGGUUACAACAUAAGCAGAACAUUCUUUUUUGUGACAUGAUAUUGGUCCAGUUUGCAUAUAGCACCACUAAACCAUGGGCAAGUCUCAGCGAGCGCCCAUGCCCCCCCUUCGCUCCUCCACAGCCAAGAGGAGGACUUCUGCCGAGUUUGGUUUCACUUCUAAAACAUAUUGUCUUAGUCUUACCUACCAACCAGGAUUGCUGGUUUAAAACAUUGUGUCUAAUUUAA